AUGGAGGAAUCAUCACAAGAACAAAGGAAGGUGGUGAAGACCUACACACCUCCUCUACCAUAUCCUCAAAGACUACAAAAAGAACUCAAGGAUCAACAAUUCCCUAAGUUCCUUGAGGUCUUCAAGAAGUUGGAGAUUAAUAUCCCACUUGCUGAAGCAUUAGAGCAGAUGCCUCUAUAUACCAAGAUCUUGAAGGAGCUCAUCAACAAAAAGAGAAGCUGGCAUGAGAAGGAAACCAUUAUGCUCACUGAAGAGUAUAGUGCAGUAAUCCAAAAAGGGCUUCCACCAAAACUCAAGGACCUUGGGAGCUUCUUCUUACCUUGCACCAUUGGAAAUAUAUCCAUUGAUAAGGUCCUGUGCGAUUUAGGAGCAAGCAUCAAUCUAAUACCCUAUUCUAUGAUGAGAAGGCUAUGUAUAGAGGAAGUAAAGCCUACACAGAUGUCGUUGGAGCUUGUGGAUAAAUCAGUGGUACUUCCCAAAGGAGUGAUUGAAAACCUUUUAGUCAAGGUGGAUAAGUUUAUAUUCCCUACAGACUUUGUAAUCCUGGACCUAGGAGAAGAAAGGAGUGACUCUAUUAUCUUGGGAAGACCAUUCUUAGCUACAGCAAGGGCCAUCAUAGAUGUUGAACAAUGA